AUGAUAAAAACAUGGAAAGAGAUGAAUAUCAUUGUUGACCCUGAUGAACAAACCAAAGAUAUUUUGCUUCUGUAUCAUGUUUUCUGUAGUAAAAAGCAUGCCAUACAGAAUACAAAAGCAGGCAGCAGAAGAAAUAUAGCGACAAAAGUAUCAUUUGGGGCACCAAAUUUCUGUUCAGUAUAUAUUACUUCUGAAGGAAAAAUUUCAUCUGUGAGAUGUGCUUCUGUUGCUCCUCUAUAUAACCCUAUCUAUGGAGAGGAAACUAUGAUAGGUGAUCUUUUUCCUCAAGAAGAAGAAAAAGAAACAAAUUCAGCUGAUAUUCCUUUGCCACGACGUGAGAUCUUCAACCAGAUUGGCUACGAAAUCAAUGAUCUAGCUCACAAGUACAACAGCUCGAAGGAGAUGUAUGAUCACUCCUCUUUUGGCCUCAAGAGGUUAAGAGAGCUGCAAGAAACAAAGUCUGCAUUUCAGGCUUUUUACAUCCUUUCUUUCGAGGCAGAAAGGCAAGCAACUCUAAGGAAAAAAGAGAUAGCAGAUCGGAUGACGGCCCUUACUAAUCAGCUCGAGAUCAUUAAAAAGGAAAUGACGGAGUUGACAUGCGAAUCUUCUCAAUUGUCCACCCAACUUACCAUCUUAUCUGACCAACGCCUUAAAUCAUGCGCGGAGGCCACUUCUCUUGAUAAUGAGCUAGUAGCACUUCUCUCGCAUAAGGUUGGUUUAAAGAAAGAUCUGAGAAGGGCAUCGAAGGUUUAG